UCAUGGUCACCACUCAUAUUGGUCUUGCAUUUCAUCCGACGUCUUGCAGGAGCUACAAACGAGUCAGAGGCACCGAUCGCCACAAACGAGUCGGGCGCCUGGACCCGAACACAAGUAACCAAGCACAUCGGCUUUUCCUUUGUCUUCUUGUCCUCAUAAUCAGACAUCAUCAGGGUCCACCACUUCUCAGCCCAACUCCGAGCCAUUGAUCUUGUGUCAAACUUGACGAAAUAGCGGCCACGGCGCCACGAGGAAGGUACGCCAGUCCGAGAUGGAGUGUUACGUGUGCUUAGACCAAUUUGACAUCUACUCCGCUGACCGUCGACCCAAGGUCUUGCCGUGCGGCCACUCCUUCUGUCUGCGGUGCCUGCAAGGGCUGCAGAUCAGGAGGUGUCCUCUGGACAACAAAGUGUUCGCCGAAGAACCGCAGACGCUGCCUGAUAACUUCCUUGUCAUCCAGUCAUGCAACACCGCCGCCGAGACGGCCGCGUCGCGCUUGUGGUGCCGCACGUGCCGCAAGCACGCGUCCGACGACUGCGUGGACGAGCACUCCGUGUGCACGGUCAAGAAGGCGCGCGGCGAGGAGGCGCGCCCGCUGCUGGAGGCCCUGGAGUCUGGCGAGGCGGCCCUGGACAAGCUGGACGUGAUGGUACAAGCGUCCUCCGUGGCGCAGCUCGAAAUGCGCGCCGCGCUGCGGCACGACAAGUCCGUCCUGGCCGCGCUGAGGGGCAGCCUGCGCGACGCGGAGAAGGCCGACGAGGACGUCUGGGAGAAGGCCAGGCAGGCCGCGAUGCGAGUCGGACUGUGGGAGCACGGUACCCGGAUCGUGGCUGAUCCUGCCACUAGGUGUACCCUGACCGUGAACUCCGGAGACAAAGUGGUGUGGCGUGGACCUCUGGACGGCAACAGCGGGCUCGUCAAGAUGCUCUUGUGCCAGUUGGCUCACCACGGUGACCUGCAGCAACCGCGUCAGCAACAGCCGGAGCCCUUGGGUCAGCAACAGCCAGUGCAGCAGCCGGAGGCAAUGAUUCAGCAACAGGAGGUGCCUUCGCAGCACCCGACAAUGCAGCAGGAGCAACCGCGUCACCAGCAGCUUCAGCAACAGCUGGUGCCAGUGCAGCAAGCGAGGCAACGACCUGAUGCCGCCCGCUGGCGCGAGCGCGCUAACGAGGGUCAUCGCGUGCUGAGCGACCAGGAGAUGGCUGCUAAGAUGGAGGUGGGCGCCAGAGUGGCCCGGGGCAGGCACUGGCCCCAGGGAUGCACUUCGGACGGCACGCCCCCCAGCGCGGGCACUGUCUCCAGCAAUUACGGCAACUCGGACGUGGCCGUCAAGUGGGACCACUGCAUCGCGUCGGCAGCAACUUGGUUCCGCAGGUCCCAGCUACGGCUGGUGGCACCCGCUCCGCUCACGCCGCAGAUCGGAGCAGCAGACGGGAAACACUACCUGGACAUCAACAGCAUCAGCCCAAAGACGGACGCUGCGAUGUCCAAAUUGUUGACCGGCAGAAAUCUCGCUCAGGUCCGCGUCCUGGCUGGUCUUCCCUGCCAGCAGUUCAUCACGUGGAGCCUCAAGGUCCUGGAGCAAGUGGCGCCCCUCCUGGAGGGCCUGCAGUUGGUGGCUCCCGAGCUGCGGCACCUGGGCGUGGUCCAAGCGAUGCCGAACCUGCGGGCGCUGAGCAUCACGGACACGACCAGGGAGGCGCUGCAGAUGGCGAGCCAGAUGGCAGGGCUGCGCAGCCUGGAGCUGCACUGCCAGGCGUCUGCGCCACUGUCGGUGGCGACGCCCGUCCCGGCCAGCGCCGCCGGGCUGCAGUGGCUCCGUCUCGGCGUGUACCCGCUGGCGGCCGCGCUGGCCCUGCUGCGCGCGCACGCCGGCACACUGGAGGAGCUGCAGCUGGUGGCGGCGUCCGCGGACCCCUACGGCUGCCCCGACCUGGCCGGCGAGCUCCGCGGCUGCGGCCUGAGGCGCCUCAAGAAGGUGGUCCUGCUGCGCGAGACGGCCUACGGCGCCUUCUGCCGCCACGACACGCAGACCUGCGUCAUGCAGACCGUGCAGCUGUCCAACGUGUUCCUGGAGGGUGGCGUGGACGUGGCCAUCCUCUGCAGCGAGUGCAAUGCUGGAGCGGGGUCGUGACCGGACUCGCGGACUACGACGGACCUAGCCUUGCUGGGUCGAAGGCAUGGCUGAGCUUCAGAGAGUGAUCCAAUGAAUAUAGAAACGGAAGAAGAAGAACAGAAGUGAGCCCGAAAAACCGCUUCCGCGCAUGCGCAGACAGACGUUCCCCCUACCACCCGCGCAGAAGCGGUUUUUAGGGCUGGCAUUUGUUCUUCUUUUUCCGUUUCAAAAUUCAUUGGAUUAUUCUAUUUAUCGGUGGAAUUGUUUUAUGACUCGAAGCCCCAACCUAGUUUUUGUCAUGAGAUUAGAUAUAUCGUAUUUUGUUUUGAUAUGUGCUAAUUUUUAAAGUGUUUUCGUUUAACCUGUUCCUUAUCAUGUCUUCUGAUCGGGCCUGCAUGAUCGGUAUACUUCCUGUAAUCAUUUGCUGUUCAUACAGUGGAAUCAUUUAAUUUUAGAACUUUCCUGUUCUACUUUUGUUUGUUUAUAAUCAGGCAUGCUUAUUUCUGCAUGACUACGUAAUCAAUGGCUAUUGGUUUAAUUGUAGUUUGACCCUGCGUGCGAACUUAAGGUUCCAUUCCGCAUGUCUUCGUCACAGUUGACCUAUUAAAAUCUAUUUAUAAUUAAAACUUGCGAAGGGCAA